AUGGAGCACAUGUCUUCUCCGGUCAGGUUCCGCAGCAAUAAAAAAGACCAGCUGUCUAGUCUGUCCAUCGAGGACCAGGAGGACACUCAGUUUCCUUUCGCCAUGAGGGAUCUGCCUCCUGUCUCACCGGGUCACCAGGCACCAGUCAACCGUGAGGAAGAGGGCACUGGGACAGCAACCAACGGGAGACUCCCCAGCCUUCCCGGGACUCCCCCUCUGCACCGUCCCAUCCCCUGCCUCCUUGGAUCUCCGAUAGUCCCUCACAGACCAAAUCGCGUGGGAGUGGACGCAGAGUUUCAGCCCCUGCCCCUGAGGAGGCAGCUCGUGUCUCAGGUGUCUCUGGACUCACCGCUCAGCCCGGCCUCUCGUCCACGCAGUCCAUGGGGACGGUUUGACCCCUAUGACUCUCCAGAGGAUCAGGACAAGGAGUAUGUGGGUUUUGCCACAUUGCCCAACCAGGUUCAUAGAAAAACAGUGAAGAAAGGUUUCACAUUUACACUCAUGGUGGCGGGAGAGUCUGGCCUCGGUAAAUCCACACUAAUCAACAGUUUGUUCCUCACGGACCUCUACAAAGACAGAAAGGUUCCUAAUGCAGAGGAACGGAUCAAUCAAACAGUCGACAUCGUCAAACACACUAUUAGCAUUGAGGAGAAAGGAAUCAAAUUGAGGCUCAGCAUCAUAGACACGCCAGGGUUCGGAGACGCCAUCGACAACACAGAAAGCUGGAAGCAAAUCGAAGACUACAUCGACCAGCAGUUUGAACAGUACUUCAGAGAUGAGAGCGGCUUGAACAGAAGGAACAUCCAGGACAACAGAGUUCAUUGCUGUCUCUACUUCAUCUCUCCAUUUGGCCACGGUCUUCGACCUCUAGAUGUGGAGUGUAUGAGGGCUUUGCAUGAAAAAGUCAACAUAGUUCCCAUAUUGGCCAAAGCGGACAGCCUGACAGAAGCAGAGGUCUGCAGAAAGAAGAUGAAGAUCAGAGAGGACAUCAGGCAGUUUGGGAUCAACAUCUACCAGUUUCCCGAGUGCGAUUCAGAUGAAGAUGAAGACUUCCAGAGACAGGACCAGCUGCUGAAGGACAGCAUCCCGUUUGCAGUAAUCGGGAGUAAUGUUCAAAUGGAGAGUAAAGGUCGCAAGUUCAGGGGUCGUGUCUAUCCCUGGGGUGUGGUAGAAGUGGAGAACCCGGCUCACUCCGACUUCCUGCUGCUGAGGAACAUGCUGGUGAGGACGCACAUGCAGGAUCUGAAGGAUGUGACGCGGGAAACGCACUACGAAAACUACAGAGCACAGUGCAUCCAGAACAUGACGCGCAUGGUGGUGCAGGAGAGGAAACGCAGUUUGCGUGAGAAGCAUCGAGACGGGAGCGAGGCAGAUUUUCCUCUGCCACUGGCCGUCGUCGACGCUGAGAAGGAAAGACUCAUCUUCGAGAAAGAUGAAGAGCUGAGGAGGAUGCAGGAGGUGCUGGAGAGGAUUCAGGAGCAGAUGCAGAGAGGUGGCUGCUGAUUCUCCCAUAAUUCCCCGGGAGAGGAGACAAACGAGGAGCACCCAGGAACACAGAUGACGCCCUGUGUAUAAAAUCAGAUGUUAAAACAGUUGGAACGUGUAUGAAAAGGAAAUGAGCCAUAUUGCAUUCAGGCCCUUGUCUGAUUGCAGUUUCCCAGGAAAACGUACCGUGUGUGAGGCUGGAACCAGUGAUGUCAACGUUUCUGUGGGUCUACACACAGGAGAGGGUUAUGAGUAAUUGUAGGCUGCCCAGGCUUGCAGAGGAGCCAACACUCCCAAAUUCCAACAGUGUGUCCUGUUCUUCAAACAUGAUUUAAAUAAUUCAGGCUAAAAUAAUCCUGUUAAUUCUCCUACAUGUCAUUUGUUUCUUUGAAAGCAGUUUGAGGAUUGUUCUGUUAUUCCUAGAUGAAGUUAUCUUGUGCUCACGCUCAUAUGAAUGGCUGAGUGCAGUUACAUGAGGUGUUCUCAUACCAUAGUUAUAUCAACACUCUCUAUCUCGGAGGAAGUGAGCUGUUUGUAGCUGGAAAUUACUUCAUAUAGGCUAUGGGAUUCACCCUGAAACGUCUUGGUCAUGAUCCAACUCAAUAUCAUUAAACUGUACUUCUGCAGGUUUGGGCUUAAGGGCUUGUUGCUAUGACAACAACUCCAGUUAAAUUUUAAAACAUCUUUGAAAGACAAAAAAAUUCCACACAAAGGUCAAUUCUAAUCUGGAUAACUCAUUAAUCCAUAUAGAAAGAACAAGAUCCCGAGCAUCAAGCAAGCUGAUUGGCUGAUCCAACUCCUGUCAGAAGGCUGAUAUGUGAACUUUACACUCUGUGUAAGGAUAAUAAAAGGAUAACAGAAACAUGAUGCAUGGUCCAGCCUUAAGCAGCCACAGGUUCGUUGUUCGUAUGAUUCACUCCAUCUGAAGACAGAGGUGUUGUACUGCCACAAUUAAUUACUUGUUUUCUGUUUGUUUUAUUAAUAUGUUCUAGGACAGCUCGAUUCCUCAAUUAGGAACUUUGACAAUGAUGUAACACUGCCAUCUAGUGGUCAUUGUAGUGAUGCUGGGCUUUAAAUAUGUAAACCACAUUUUUCGUGUUUUAUUACGACUCACCUGUUGUUUUUCCUUUUUUUGUACUUUUAAUCUUUAAUUAUGCCGUUUUGUAAGGACAAGAAAAAUAUCAA